AUGAGAAAAUCUAGUUUCUUGUUGUUUCUUCACAUUUCUGUCAUCCUCAUGCUUUGCAUGAGCCUUUCUUCUGGUGCUGUAGAGGAAGAUAGAAAGGUUUACAUUGCAUACUUGGGAUCACUCCCCGAUGGAGACUACAGUCCAUCAUCCCAUCAUUUCAGUAUACUUCAAUCACUUCUUAAACAGAGCUCUGUGGAAAAUUACAUAACCAGAAGUUACAGAAGGAGCUUCAAUGGGUUUGCUGCGAAGCUCACUGAUGAAGAGGCAAAGAAACUUGCAAGCUUUAAAGGAGUGGUUUCGGUUUUUCCGAAUAAAGUUUAUCAACUUCAAACAACAAGAUCAUGAUUCAUGGGAUUCAAUCAAACUGUUAAACGCAAUGCUACAGCUGAGAGCAAUGUAAUUAUCGGUGUCCUCGAUACCGGAAUCUGGCCUGAGUCGGAUAGCUUCAGUGAUGAAGGCUUCGGUCCUCCUCCCAAGAAGUGGAAGGGAUCUUGUAACGGUGGCCUCAACUUCACUUGUAACAAUAAGCUUAUUGGAGCUCGAACUUACGAGACGGAUUCUGCAAGGGAUACAGAGGGUCAUGGAUCGCAUACAGCGUCAACGGCAGCCGGAAACAUCGUAGGCAAUGCUAAUUUCUUUGGACUUGCUGAAGGCACUGCAAGAGGAGGAGUUCCAUCAGCAAGGAUAGCUGCAUAUAAAGUUUGCGGUGCUGACGGGUGUACUGCAGAAAACAUCUUGGGAGGCUUUGAUGAUGCUAUUGCUGAUGGAGUUGAUAUUUUAACAGUUUCAUUAGGAUCGGAUCCAUGAUUUUAUUCGGACCCUGUAGCCGUUGGUGCUUAUCAUGCAGCUGAGAAAGGCAUUCUUGUCAUGCAAUCUGCAGGCAAUAGUGGUGCAUCAGGGCUACAAUCGGUUUCGAGUGUAGCACCAUGGAUACUUUCUGUUGCUGCAAGCACAACUGAUCGUCUUUUCAUCGGCAAUGUUGUUCUUGGAAAUGGGAAGACACUAACCGGAUUUUCAGUAAACUCUUUCAGUCUUAAUGGAACAAAGGUUCCGCUGGUUUAUGGAUUACAAGCAUCAAGUGGGUGCGAUGAGGCCAGUGCUCGGGCAUGCUCUGAUGGUUGCUUGAGCAGUACUCUGGUAGAGAAUAAGAUUGUUGUAUGUGACAACUUCAGAGGUCUAACGGAAGCUCGUCGUUCCGGUGCUUUAGGAUCGAUUCUAGAAACUUUAUUUGAUAAUGUUUCAUUUGUUGUUCCAUUUCCUGCUUCAGCUUUAAGCAUUGAGCACUUUCAUUCAUUCGAGUCCUAUCUGAACUCAACCGAAAAAGCUGUAGCAGAAAUAUUAAAAAGUGAAACAAUUGAAGAUUCUACUGCUCCUGUAGUUGCUGCAUUCUCUUCAAGGGGACCUAGUGUUAUUGUACCAGACAUUCUGAAGCCUGAUAUAAGUGCACCAGGAGUGGAUAUAUUGGCUGCAUUUUCACCAGUUGCUGCACCAUCGUCGACCGGAAUUGAUGAAAGGCAUGUUAAAUACAAUAUAAUGUCGGGAACCUCCAUGUCCUGCCCUCAUGUUGCUGCUCUGGCUGCAUAUGUAAAAACAUUUCACCCUCAUUGGUCUCCCUCUGCCAUCAAAUCUGCUCUUAUGACCACCGCAUCGCCAAUGGAUCCGUCAAAAAAUCCAGACGCCGAAUUCAGUUAUGGAUCCGGACAUGUCAAUCCUGUGAAAGCCAUCAAUCCUGGACUUGUAUACGACAAUGUUGAAGGCGAAAGCUUAAGGUUCCUGUGUAGUCUUGGAUACGAUGAAGAAAAGAUCAGAGCAGUAACAGGAACUAACGUCUCCUGCCCUAAAACCUCUAACAAAGUGCUGCCAAGAGACUUCAAUUAUCCUACACUUUCAGCUCAAGUUAAACCAGGUGAAUCAUUUACAGUCCAUUUCCCAAGAACAGUCACAAAUGUUGGCGUAGCAACAUCUACUUACAAUGCAACAAUCUUUUCCGACUCAAAGCUCGAAAUCGAAGUGAUUCCAAAAAUUCUAUCGUUCGAGUCUUUGACGGAGAAGAAGACAUACAAUGUGACUGUUAAGGGAAAAGCUUUGAGUGAACAAUCAAUGGUAUCUGGAUCGUUGAGAUGGUCAGAUGGAAUUCAUAUGGUUAGAAGUCCAAUUGUUAUUCAUUCGUACGAAGGUUUGUCUAAGGCUGUAUAAAUCUCAUGGCUGAACCGGCAACUCAUAUUAGUU